AUGAACACCAGUUUCGGUGAGUAUCACAUGAAUGGAUGCAAUGCUUGUGACACUCGAUGUGUUUCAGAUGUGAACGCUUUGAACGACAAGAACAACGACCGCAAUGGAAGUGGUGUGGAGUCGACCAACACUUCCACCACUAAUGGAUUCAAUUAUGUCUUCAGCGACGAUGAGUUCAAAAUGCCUGAAAGGUUUGUCCAGGAGUUGGAUGCGCUCGAGAGGCGCACAAUCGCCGACACAAACCAGUCGUUGAAUUCUCGCGCUUCGGUCUUAAGACGAUUUGAUCCAUUGGUCGAUGGCAUGGAUUUGUCUGAUUUGGUCAAAAAGACCAAUCAUUUGAAUUUGAAUGACAGGACAUUUGAACACAACAUCUCUUUGAAUGCCAACGAAAGCCGUUUACACAACGAGACAAUCGAUGGCGUCGGCGGUCACGAGAUGUCGACCCGAGUCCACAACGAGAGCACAACUCUCAUGAAUUUCAAUAGUCCAGUGAAUGUGCCGAACAAUAACUCAAGAGCUGAUCCCAUAACUGAACGAAAUGACACCAAUAAUGGCCAAAAUAAUGAUCUAUUGGUGAAUGAGUUGCGAAUCAAAGAAUUGUUAUUUCAGGAGAAACUGAUUGAAAAAGACAGACAAUUGCAUGGAUUGGAAGAGAAUCUAAAUAUAGUUAACAAUAAUUGCGAGAAAUACGAGGUUUUGCUUCAUUUGCUGCACAAUUGCAACGAAGAAGUGGUGGAAAUGGCGUCUCAAGUGAUCGAUGAUCUAACGGAAGACAAGAAGGAACUGAUCAACAAAUGUAAUGAAAUGAGUGCUGAGAGGACUCAAGCCCUCGAAGAAGUGAAUAAUGUGGAGAAGAACUUCUAUGAAGUGCACAAUCGUUACGAUAAGGUUAGGACUGCUCUCGAAGACUCCAAACUGAAGGAAAUACAAUUCAAUGAACAAUAUAUGGAACUCAUGGAUAAACUCCAUGAGAAGGAACACAUGUAUGAACUCCUGAAGAGCAAAGCGGAGGAGAAGAUUGAACAUGCCAACAAUUACAUAGAAAGCGCCCGAAGAGAGUGUGAGUCGGAAUUGAUUGCAGUUAAGGCUCAACUCAAGAGGUCUGAAAUGAAGAUCAAUGGACUUCAGCUACAACUCGAUCAGAAGACUAGAGAGAACGACGAGUUGACAAAAAUGGUCGACGAAUUGAUUGCAAAUGUGGAAAAGUAAUCGAUUCCCAGCUAUUGUUGGCCUAAUAUUUAUUGUUUAUUCAUUUUCUGUUAGUUAUAAAUAUAGUAAAUAUUAUUUCCAUAUAAGUAUUGAUUAAAUAUUUCAUAUCAUUUACACAAUUGUCUCUAAAACAUGGUUUAAAUGAACAUUAUUCUCAGACCCCUAUUGUUAUUAAGCAGUAUAAUAGAGACAUUUGUAUAACUAUCCUUAAAUCUCCGG